AUGUCGGAUAAGGCGGCGCAAUACAAGCAGCAGCAAAGCGAAUUCGAAGUCCCCAAGUUCGACGCUGAGGGCAAGCCUCUUUCCAAGAAUGAACAGAAGCGUUUAUUGAAGGAAAUGAAGAAGGCUAAGGAGCAAGCCGAAAAGGCCGCCAAGAAAGCCGCUGCCAACGCAGACAAGCCCAAGAAGGAAAAGUCGGAAGCUCUGGCCGCCGAUUCGGAAGACAACCUAACGCCGAACCAGUACACCGAAAUUCGAAAGCAAAAGCUCGACGCCAAGAGAGCCCAGGGCGAGAACCCGUACCCACACAAGUUCCACGUCAGCAUCGGAAUUGGCGAGUUUAUUAAGAAGUACGGAAAGCUCGAAGACGGGACGACCCACAAAGACGAUGGAGAAGUUUCUACUGCUGGACGAAUCCACUCGUUCAGAGCCUCCGGAGCUAAACUCGUGUUUUAUGAUUUGCGCAGUGAAGGUGAAAAAAUCCAAAUUAUGGCCAACCUCGGGCAGUACAAGGACCCCGAAGAGUUUGCCAAAAUCAUUUCGGAGAUUCGACGAGGUGACAUUGUCGGCGUCAAAGGUUUCCCUGGAAAGACGAAGAAAGGAGAGCUUUCAAUCAUGCCCACCGAGAUGCAGGUCCUCUCUCCCUGUCUCCACAUGUUGCCCAAGUUGCACGAUGGUCUAAAGGACAAAGAAACUCGUUAUCGAAAAAGACAUUUGGAUUUGAUUAUGAACGCUGACGUGCGACACAAAUUCAUCGCCCGUGCCCAGAUUAUCCAAUACCUGAGAACUUACCUCGCCAACAAUGGUUUCUUAGAAGUCGAAACUCCAAUGAUGAACAUGAUCGCUGGUGGUGCUACCGCUAAACCUUUCAAGACGUUCCACAACGACCUCUCGAUGGAUCUGUUCAUGCGUGUUGCCCCCGAGCUUUACCUGAAGAUGCUUGUCGUUGGUGGCUACGAUCGAGUGUUCGAAAUCGGAAAGAACUUCCGAAACGAAGGCAUUGACAUGACUCACAACCCCGAAUUCACUGCUUGUGAAUUCUACAUGGCCUACGCUGAUGCCGAGGACUUGAUGAAGAUCACCGAGGAGCUUCUCUCUGGAAUGGUCAAAGCGAUCACCGGCGAUUACAAAGUUAAAUACCACCCUGAAGGUCCUGAUGGACCAGUUUGGGAAGCUGACUUCUCUCCUCCAUUCAAACGAUUUUACAUGUUCCCUGAGUUGGAAAAGAUCUUAAAUGUCAAACUCCCCUGCCCUACAAGCCUGCACACAGAAGAAGCCCGUGCCGCUCUUGACGCCAUCUGUGUCAAGCAAAACGUCGACUGUAGCGCUCCACGAACAUCUGCCCGGCUCUUGGACAAGCUUGUCGGCGAAUAUUUGGAAGAGGCCUCUAUCAACCCUACGUUUAUCUGCGACCACCCGCAAGUGAUGUCUCCGCUCGCAAAGUGGCAUCGAUCGGCGCCCGGUCUGACUGAGCGAUUCGAAUUGUUCGUCUUCAAGAAGGAAAUCGCCAACGCGUACACUGAGUUGAACGAUCCCAAGGUCCAACGCGACCGUUUCAGCCAGCAAAUGGCCGACAAGGCCGCUGGUGAUGAAGAAGCGCAGGGUUACGACGAGAAUUAUUGCCAGGCAUUGGAAUACGGUCUGCCGCCAACUGGAGGCUGGGGUCUAGGAAUCGAUAGACUCACCAUGUUCCUGACAGACUCGAACAACAUCAAAGAAGUGAUCCUCUUCCCCGCAAUGAAGCCCGAAGAAGCCAAUGAGAAGGGUGCCGAAGAAAAGAAGGAAUGA